AUGCAGCCAUCUACUUCUGUGACGGAAAUUCCUUAAGCUAGUGUCAACAAUAAAAAUAAUAGGGUCUUAAGAAAUGUUUCUGCAAAAGUAAAUCGUCAUAUUGAAGCUAUUGAGAAGUAUAAAAAUUAUCAAGCAAAUAAAUAAAAUGAUGAAAAACUAAAUGAUAUGAUGCAUGGGUAAACUCAUUAAGAGUAUGUUUCUAGGCCUGGAGAGUUUAUAGUAGUGGCUACAGGUAAAAAAUAAGAUAAGAGCAAAAUUUUAGAUAUUCCGCUAUUCGCUUUGUUAGAUGGAACUAAAACAUUUAGCGAACUCUAGGCCUAAUCAGCAAAGAACAAUAAUGGAAGCGCUAAUCAUUAGAAAUAAAUGUCAGCUACUAUUAGUCAGUCUAGUAAAAACUUAAGAUCACCUUCUGCCAAUUUAUUUUUUAGUCAAAGACCGUAAACUGGAAAAGCAUAAAACUUAUUAGGCUAAUAUGAUUCUGCUUAAUAGCUAAAAGAGGAAGAUAAUUUUAUAUAAAUUGAUGAAGCUGAAGAUUCAUUUGAUCAAAAUGAUAAUUAGUAAGAAAAGAGAAUGCCAAAUAGAGCUAAGUCAAGUGGAAAAAUACUGAUAGAUAAAGAAUCAAAACCAUAAUUAACUAAAGAUCUAAGAACCAUAGUUAACAAAUAAUAUACUCAACUUUUAUCACCUAGUAGCAAAAUAAUUUAAAAUGCAGUUGAUUAAAAUGUAUAAAGAGAGGGAACUCCAGAAAAAAAAUUAGUUGAAAUGCUUAGUAGAGUUAUCAGUGCAUAAAUUUAGCCAUUGAGAACUAUGUCAACUACCUAAGUUACACAAUUACCUUCAGUAAGACCAGUCACUGCUAAAUAUAUUAUGAACUCUUUGAAAGUAGAGAAUGCAGAAAGAGUAACUACCUCAAAAACAAUCCAAGAUGCAAUAAUUAAAGAUAAAAAAAACCUAGAAAAAGUAACCAAAAAGAAAAGUAGUUAUUAAUCUACUAUACCUGAGUAUAAAAAAAGAGUAAAGCAUAUUACUGGUUACAAUACAGUAAAGUUGGAGCAAGAGGAUUAUGAAAAAAAAUGGAAUUAUAAGCCAUCUGAAGAGAAGAAAAUUAGUACGGUACAAUAAAGAUUAAAUUCUGCUAUCGAUAUCAGCAAAUAAAGUCCUUACUUAACUGGCAAUGAAAAUGCAGAAAAAAUAAUUAUGAAAGACAUGAAUAUUCAAUAACCAAAAAUAGAAGAAGUCGUAGAUAUUAAGCAAGGAAAUUUUCUUCCACUUGAAUAUUACAAUCUAGAUGACGAUGACCUGAAUCCCAAGCAAGCCCUAGAAAAAUACAAAGAUCAAUAAACAGGAUAAAUUUGGGGCUAUUCUAAAUUUUUUGAUAACCAUGGUAACUUUGAAUGGAGGGAGUGCAAAAUUCUAGGAUAUAAUGUUGAAAAGGAUAGAUUUGAAAUAAUUUGGUCUGCCAACGGAAAACAUAAAUAUGUUUCUAGAGUAAAUCUUCGUUUUUCUAAUGAGAAAGAAGAAGAUUUCUAAAGAAAAUUAUAGGCAGCUGAGUACUACAGAGAAAUGAGUGAAAUAUUUCUAAAAUAUAAUUAUAUGAUUGAUUCAAUGGUGACAAUCACUUCUAUUUUACCUUAGGAAUGUCUUGAGCGUAUUUAGAUUCUUUCAGCUAAUUUUACUUUUAAAUUGUAUCCUUUACGUGAUCCUAUAGCAUACUGUUAGCUUGAACCUUCUAUUAAGUAUAAUGCUAAAAGAUAACUUAUCCCUAAGAUUUUAAUCACUGGUGGAAAAACAUACGAUGAGGUUUUUAAGUAAAAAAAAUAUAAUAAACAGUUACUUUAGUAAUUAAUUGAAGAAAUCAAAAAAGAAUUUGUUAGGUCAAAUCAUAAGGUAGAGUUUGAUAGUUCUCUUCCUUACCACGAAGAGCGUUAAAAAUUGUUCAAAAAUAUGCUACCUGAUUAUUUAUUUAUUCCAUUAAUUGAUACACCACGUAUAGAAACUACUAAAAGAGGAUGCCUUGACGUUGGUUAUGAUCUAGAAUAAAUCAUACCCAAAAAUCAGUAAUUCUAAAGAAUGUUACCAGAAGAUAUUAUUGAUAGUUCUACAAGAAAUUCUUAGAAAUAAAGCAUAUAUAAUUCUUAAGUUAUUUAAAAUUAGCCGUACGAAGCAACUAAAUAUCAUUAAUAGUAUUUUAUAAAAAAAUUUAAAAAAAUGAGCUCUACUAUACACGUUGCUAAUACUGAUAGAUAUAAUAUUUUAUAUGAGCUUAAUAAAACAUUAAUGCUAUUUGUUUAACAGUUAAUGGUAGAAACAAACUUCAAAUCUCCAUUAUAUUUAAAAGACUUCGUAAAGAUGUUUACCAACAGAUACUAAGAUAUAAUAAGAGAACUAAGGUCAAAGAUUUAUGAUACUAACUUUGAAAUUAUGGAUAUUGUUGAAUUUGAAGCGAAUCAAAUCAAGUAAAAAGUUGAGGAAGCAUAAAGAACAGCAGUUACUGAAGAAUAAAAAAAGAAAGUAUAAGAGGUUUUUGAGCUAUCUGAUGAUGUUAUUCGUUCUUUAAAAAACUUUUAAGAUGUGAUUAAUAUGCUUUAUGAAAGAGCUGCUCGUUAAAUGUAUGAAGAUUCUCUAACUAGCUACAUUUCGCAUUUUAAAAAUGCAGUUGAUGAAUUUAAAAAAAUCAAUAAUAUACCUUUGGACUAAGUGCUUACUGGAGCCAACGUAAACUAGUAGUAGUUAUUAAAUUAUAUGCAAUAAAUUAGAUUUUACUAAUUUGAUCCUAACAGACUUAAUUGCAGAGUUAAACUUGACAAAGAUAACAACAAAGCUGAGCUAACUCCUUCGUUAGAUGAGUGGUACUAAUAGCUUUCAGUUAUAAAUUAAAAUAUAUUAAUAGAAUUAGAGACCGUAAUAUGUUUGAGAACUUAAAAGAUUGGAAGCUCAAGAAAAAACAACAAGCUUAAAAUAUUUGAGGAUGAAAAUGAUCCUCUUUUAGUUGAAAAUAAAAUUGCACUUCAGUCAUAAAUUGAUUAAUUUUUUGUAUUGCUUAAAUUAUUUGCUGAUAAAACCAAAGAAUUUGAAUUUGUUGUUGAGCUCUCAUAAUAAUCUUUACAAAAAGAAAUAGAUAAGAAGAAGAAUGUUAAAACUUUUAAAACAUAUGAAAAAUGGAUCAAAAAAAUCAAGUAAGCAAAAGAUGAUAUUUAAAAUUGGCUUUUCUAAGACAAAUUGUGGAUUGGAAUGUUUUAGAUUGAUGUUUAAGAAUUUAAAAUACACUGUGAUAAUCGUAUAUAGAAAGGAGCUGCUUCAAUUUAUUCGAUGCUUGUUUAGAAAAUAAAUGUUGAAAAUGAAAAAGUUGAAUAAGAAAUAGUUGCAUUAAAAAAUAGAUUAAAAAUUUAGCCUAAAAAUAUUGAAUAACUUCAUGAGUUGAGAAUAUUUUGCAAUAAAGAUCUUAUUGAAGAACUUGGAAAAGUUUAGCAAAAAAUAUUAGAAAUUUUGCAACAGCUUGACCUCCACGAAUAAAUGCACUUUUAGAUUGAUUAUGAAAAUUACCAGAAAGCUCUUAAGAUGUAUACACUACCUCACUCAGUUAGAAAAAGAAAGGAUAAAACAUUAAGGAAGUUAGAAGGAUGGGAAAAAGAAUUUUGGGAAGAUUUAGUUUUGGAUCAAUAAAAUAUUGCUAUUGAAAUUAAGAGUAUAAGCAUCGAUUUGGAAAUAAUGAUGAAAGAGAAUGAUGUUGAAAAAACUGAUGAAGUUAGUUACAAAUUUGCUGAUCUUGGUGACCGCAUUAACGCAGCUCUGCAACAAAGUGAUAUCAUUAAUAAAAGAGAAACUAUUCUAAAACUCAAGCUAACUGAUUAUUCAGAUGUUGAAAAAAUAUUUAAAUAGUUCUAACCUUAUAAUAGAGUUUGGCAACUAAGUAAAGAUUUCUCCUUCAAGGUCUAAAAUACCAUGCAAGGUCUAUUGAACUAAGUAGAUAAAGAUGAAAUUACAAGUUUCAUUUUAGAUGGAUGGAAUGAAUUGAAUAAAAUGGAAAAAGGUGUCUUUAAAACUAUUGCUGAUAUUAAACUUACUACUUAAAAGGUAAAGCAAAAGUAUGAAUCUUUUAAGCCAUACUUACCCAUCAUAAACGACUUAAGAAGCACAUCUCUUAUGAAGAGACAUUGGUAAAAGAUCAAUGAGCUUAUAAGAGAUUAUAAUUAAACAUGCUAAGAAGAAGAUAAAAAGAUUAGAGUUAAGUUUGAAGAUGAUUCAAAUUAUUCACUCGAAUAGCUUUUAUAAAACAAUAUUUUGCUUAUUAAGGAUGAGAUAAGAGACAUAUCUGAAAUUGCUUCCAAAGAAAAAGGUUUCGAAAAGAUUUUAUACAAGAUGAAACAAGAAUGGAAGCCCAUCAAAUUGGAAUUUGCUCCUUUCAAAGACUCUGGUACAGUUAUCCUUAAAGGAGUUGAACCAAUUAUGGAUAAGCUUGACGAAGAUAUAGCCAAAAUUCUAAGUAUUGCAUCAUCUCCUUAUAUCAAAUUUUUAGAAAACGAUGUUUUGAACUGGAGAAAUACUCUGUUUAGAUUAUAAGAGACUAUUGAAGCUUGGUGCAAGGUUUAAAAGAUGUGGACUUAUCUUUAACCUAUAUUCUAUUCAGAAGAUAUUAUUGCUGCUAUGCAAAAAGAAGGUAUGAAGUAUUCAUAUGUUGACAAGAAUUGGAGAGCAAUAAUGCAAACUUCUCAAAUAUAACCUACUGUCAUGGAUGCAUGCUUCACAAGCAGGCUAAAAGAAACAUUUUUAAAUAUGAUUGAUCAAUUAGAGUAAGUAAUAAAAGGACUAAAUGAAUUUUUAAAUAAAAAGAGAGCAGCUUUCCCUCGUUUUUAUUUCUUAUCAAAUGAUGAGCUUCUUUCUAUACUUGCUUAAACAAGAGAGCCUCGUGCUGUCUAGCGCCAUAUGCCUAAGUGCUUCGAAGGUAUUGAAAAUUUAACUUUCUAAGAUAAUGCUAUGAUUACUCACAUGAAUUCACUGGAAGGAGAAACCAUUAGAUUCAAUAAAGACAUAAAUCCUUUAGACUAAGAUUAAAAUCCUAGAGGAGUUGAAGAAUGGCUUUUUGAAAUAGAAAAAAGUAUGAAAACAACAUUGUAAGAGAUGUUUAUUCAAACUCUUCAAGAUUUUGCUUAAAAACCUCGUAAACGCUGGUUAUUUGACUGGCCUUCACAAUUGAUAGUAACAGCAGAUUAAGCUUUAUGGACUUAAAGUGUAACUGAAGCUAUUAUGUAAAUGCCUGUUGAUGCAAACUCCUUAAAUACCUACUAUAAUAAAUUAAAUGGACUUUUAUUAGAAAUUGUCGAAUUAGUAAGAGGUGAUAUUUCAAAAAUACAUAGAAUAACUCUCGGAGUUUUAGUUGUUAUAGAAGUACAUGCUAAAGAUGUAGUUAAGCAAAUGAUAGAUUAGGCCGUAAAAGAUCCUAAUGAAUUUGAAUGGCUUGCACAAAUGAGAUACUAUUUAGAGAAAGACAACCUUGAGGUAAAAAUGGUAAAUACGACUAGAAAAUAUGGUUAUGAGUAUCUUGGUAAUUAAGGAAGAUUAGUUAUAACUCCUUUAACAGACAGGUGUUACAGAACACUUAUGUCUGCUUUAUAAUAAAAUCUUGGUGGAGCUCCAGAAGGUCCUGCAGGUACAGGUAAGACAGAAACUACUAAGGAUUUAGCUAAAGCUAUAGCAAAGCAUUGUGUUGUAUUUAACUGUUCAGAUGCUCUUGAUUACACUGCCAUGGGUAAAUUCUUCAAAGGACUUUGCAGUUGUGGAUCUUGGGCUUGUUUUGAUGAGUUUAAUCGUAUAGAACUUGAAGUACUAUCAGUCAUUGCCUAAUAAAUAUUGACUAUAUAAACAGCUAUUUUUAAAUAAAGCACCUCAAAAUAUGCUUAAACAUCAUUUUAAUUCGAAGGAGUUAUGAUUCCAUUGGAUAUAAGUUGCGCUGUCUUUAUUACUAUGAACCCAGGUUAUUAAGGACGUAGUGAACUCCCAGAUAAUCUUAAAGCCUUAUUUAGACCAGUAGCUAUGAUGAUUCCAAAUUAUGCUAUGAUCACUGAAAUAUCUCUCUAUUCAUAUGGUUUUGUAAAUGCCAGAGAUUUAUCUAUAAAAAUUACUUCCUCUUUGAAGCUUGCAAGUGAAUAACUAUCUACUUAAAGUCACUAUGAUUUUGGUAUGAGAGCUGUUAAAGCUAUUAUUCUUGCUGCAGGAGCUUUGAAAAGAUCAUUCCCUGAAAAAGAUGAAAGUUUGUUGAUCUUGAGAGCUAUUAGUGAUUGUAACUUACCUAAGUUCACAUCUAAAGAUGUUCCACUUUUUAAUGCAAUUAUUUCAGAUCUUUUCCCUGAUGUAAAACCAGAUGAAGCAGAUUAUGGUGAACUCGAUGAAGCUAUCAAAGAAAUAGUUAAGGAAAAACAUCUCCUUCUUAAGGAUAGAUUCCAUAGAAAAAUAAUAGAGUUAUAUGAAACUAUUUAAGUUAGACAUGGUUUGAUGGUUGUAGGUAGUACUAACUCAGGAAAAAGCACAAUUCUAAAUACUCUUGCAUCUUCAUUAGAAAGGAAAAGCUUGAAAAUUUCAUAUUAGAAAUGGAAAGAAGAAAAUGAAUCAGAAGGUAGAGUAAGCUUAGAUUAAAUAGAUGAAGAAAAAGAAGAGUAAGCUGAUGAAGUUAAUACUUCAAUUGCUAAUGCAAACUCUCCUAAAAAUGUUUUAAAUACAUCAGCUUCCCAUCAAUCUCAGAAUAGAAAUUCAUAAUUCCAUCGCUAAUCUUUCACACAAUAAGGAAGAAAUUCAAUAAUUUUAGAAAGAAAAGAUUCAAGAAGACAUUCUUUACUGCAAACUUAAGUCACUAUUCCAAGCAGUCCUUUUAUUUAAAUGAAAGAUAAAUUAGAGCAUCAAAAAGUUAGAAUACAUCCUAUAAAUCCUAAAUCUGUUACAAGCAGACUGCUUUAUGGUGAUGUUGAAGAGGCUUCAGGAGAAUGGCACAAUGGUAUUACAGCUAUCAUCUUUAGAGAAUGCCAAGAGGAAAAGAAUUAAAAUCUUUAAUGGGUUUUAUUUGAUGGACCUGUCGAUGCAUUAUGGAUUGAAAAUAUGAACACUGUCUUGGAUGAUAAUAAAAAGCUUUGUUUAUCAAAUGGUGAAACUAUCAAAUUAACAGAAUAAAUGAGUAUUAUUUUUGAGGUAGAAGAUUUGCUUGAAGCUUCACCUGCUACAGUCUCCAGAUGUGGUAUGGUCUAUUUGGAAUCAAAAGAUUUAGGCUGGGAACCUCUGUUUGACCCAUGGUUCUGUAACCUUUCUGAUUUCUUAAAAACAUAUGAGCAUUUAGAUAUAUUCUAAGGGUUGAUGAAGUUAAUUCUUAAACCUAUAUUGGAAUUUGUUUUAUAUUCAGGAUAAUGUAAGCUAGUAAUGAGUUGCAGUGAUUAGUGGCUUGCUACUAAUUGUCUUAAACUUUUCGAAAGCUAUUUGUAUAAAAAUAAAACAAAGUAACAAAUAUUGUAAGAUUUAGAGCUAGAAAAAGAAAGAGAGGAAGCUAGAAUAGCAGCUGCUAAACUUGAAGGAAAGGACAUUUCUAAUGAUUUGAAAAAGAAAAAGAAUAUUUAGUUAAAUGAUAAGGAUAGGGCAGAAAUAUUGGGUUCAUUUAUUAUGGCUGUUGUAUGGAGCUGUGGUUGUGUAGUAGAAAAUUAAAAUGACAGAGAUAAAUUUAGCAAAAAGAUGUUUGAAUUAAUAGGAAAAGUGAAAGAAUCUGCAGAUUUGAAGUCUAUUUCUAGCAGUGGUUUCCCUCCUUAAGAAAAUAAUAUUUUUGAAAUUAGCUAUGAUUAUGAAAAAAAGAAUUGGAAUAUGUGGAAGGGAAACGUCGAAUACAGAAUUCCUAGAGAAACUGAAUUUCAUGAUAUAUUUAUCCCUACUUCAGAUAGUAUAAGACACCAUUACAUUUUAAAUGUAUUGACUAUUCAUUCUUUCCCUACUCUUUUCCUUGGUAAGACAGGAACUGGUAAAACGUCUAUCAUGAAAAAAUUCCUCUUGAAUGAUUUAGGUGAUAAUUACAUUACAACAAUAACAGCAUUCAGUGCUAAUACUAAUUGUAAUUAAGUCUAAGAUAUCCUUGAAAGUAAAUUAGAGAAAUAGAAAAGAAGAAAAGGUGUUUAUGGACCUCUCAUUGGAAGAACAAAUAUUAUUUUUAUUGAUGAUUUAAAUAUGCCAAAUAAGGAAAGAUAUGGUGCUUAACCUCCUUUAGAAUUAGUAAGAUAGUGGUUCGGAUUUGGAGGAUGGUAUGAUAGAAAAACACUAGAAUUUAAUAAAAUUGUUGACAUACACUUUACUGCUGCUAUGGGUGUAGGAAGACCAGCUUUGUCAUAGAGAUUGCUCAGAAAUUUCAAUCUAGUUUAUUUAAAUGAGAUGGAAGAAAUUACUCUCAGCUAUAUGGUUGAGAAAAUACUUGAUUGGGGUUUUGAAAGCUAUAUUGAUAAAGUUAAAUUUAUGAUUAAAAACUUUAAAAAUACUAUCAUUUAAGUUCAUAAGCAAAUAUCUUCAACAUUUUUGCCAUUACCUAAAAAAUCUCAUUACAUUUUUAAUUUGAGAGACUUAAUGAAAGUAGUUUAGGGUUUGCUCAGUGUGCCCUCUACCCAAUAUGAGGCUACAUUUGAUAAUAAAAUAAAACUUCUACGUUUAUGGGCUCACGAAAGUUAUUGCGUUUAUAGUGAUAGAUUAGUAGAUGAUGUUGAUAAGGGAAUAUUCCAAAAAAUGUUGGAUACUGUAGCAGUUGAAAACUUUUCUGUUAACAUCUAAGAUAUCUUGUAUCCAGAAGUUAUUUUGUCAUAACCAGUAAUAGAAUUUGAUGAGGCUGGUAAUCCUAAAGAGUUAGGUCCUGAAAGGAGAAGCUUCCCAGUUUUUUGUAAUUUCUUAGAUAAUAAUAUUUAUCACGAAGUAGAGCAAAAGGAAAAAGUUAGAAAAGCUGCACUUAAUUACAUAGAUGAUUAUAAUGAGUAAAUGAAGAAAAAAAUAAAUAUUAUCUUAUUCGAUGAUGCCAUAGGAAUGCUCUGUAAAAUAAGCAGAAUUAUUUCUAAUCCUUUUAGUCAUGGUUUAUUGAUUGGAUUAGGAGGAGCUGGAAGUCAUACAUUAACUCGUCUUGCAACUUACAUCCAAGCAUAUAACAUAUACGAAGUUGAAGUAGAUAAGGACUUUGGCAAGGAUAAUUGGUUAGAAUUUAUUAGAGAUAUGCUUAAAGAAAUAGUUAUAAAGGAUCAUAAUGGUGUGUUCUUAAUUUCAGAUUCACAAAUUAUAGAUGAAAGAUUCUUAGAAGAUAUAAAUAACUUAUUAAACAUUGGUGAAAUUCCUAAUUUGUAUCCUCCAGAAGACAAAGAAAAUUUAUUAAGCGAAUUAAAAGAUGCUACCGAAAAAAAUAAAUUAAGUUUGAAUACACUCCAACUGUGGGAAUAUUUUGUCAAUAAAUGCAAACAAAAUCUUCACAUUGUACUUUGCCUUUCACCAAUUGGUGAAAAAUUGAGAUAAAGACUAAGAAAUUUCCCUUCUCUUGUUUCUUGUACUUCGCCAAUUUGGGUUUAACCAUGGUCCAGAAGUGCUCUUUAAGAAGUGGCUAUGAAUACAAUUUUGAAAGAUGCUGAAGAAUUGCACUUAGAAUCUAAAACAACUGAAAGUAUAUCAGAAAUAUGUCUUUCAUUCCAUCAAUCAGUUACAAAAAUGUCUCAAAUAUAUCUUUAAGAGACUGGUAAACACUAUUAUGUUACUCCUAUCUCUUAUAUGAAGCUUUUGAGUAAUUUCAAGAAUGUCUAUUAAAAAAAACUUGAUGAACUUAUUUAGCAGAGAGAAAUUUACACAAAUGGUGUUCAAAAACUAAAUGAGUGCUCUUUAGAAGUUAAUAAUAUGAAGGCUUAACUUGAAAAAAUUUAACCUAUAUUAGAGAAGCAGACACAAGAAACUGAAGAAAUUAUGAAAUAGGUUGAAUAAGAAACAAUAGAAGCAGAUAAAUAAAGAGAAAUUGUGCAACUUGAUGAAAUACAAACUGCUGAAAAGGCUGAUAUAGCUAAAAAUAUUAAAGAUUAGUGUAAUUAAAAGUUAUCAGGUGCUGAACCUAUGUUAUUAGAAGCUAUUGCAGCUCUUAAAACUCUCAAGACUAACGAUUUUAUUGAAAUGAAAUCUUUCUAGAAACCACCUGUUUUAAUUAAAAUGACUAUGGAUGCUGUAUGUAUACUAACCAACUAAAAAGGUAAAAAGAGCUAAGACAAACCUGGAGAAAUAGAUUAUUGGGAUGAUGCCAGAAAACUUUUAUCUAUUCCAAAUGAUUUCUUGAAAAGAUUAGAAAAGUUUGAUAAAGAUAAUAUUCCUGACUAGAUUAUUGCAAAAUUAGAAGUUUUCUUAAAAAAGAACCCAAAUUUCAAACCUAAUUUAAUUGCUAAAGCUUCCUAAGCAGCUGAAGGUCUUUGUAAAUGGGUAAGAGCUAUUUUCGAAUAUCACUUUGUCUACAAAUCGAUUCUUCCUCUCAGAUAGAACUUAGCAGAAGCUUAGAAAAAAUUAGAUGAAGCCAAUAGUGAAUUACAAAAGAAGAGAGAAAUUUUGACUGCUGUUGAAGCAAAAUGUUAAGCUUUGAAGGAUAAGUUUAAUGCUGCAAAUAUGUAGAAGCAAAAACUUAUUGCAGAGAAAAACGAUUGUGAACUAAAGCUAAAGCGUGCUUUACAUCUAACAGAAGGCUUGGCAGGAGAAAAAAUUCGUUGGUCAGAAAGCUCUGUGUAAUUAGGAGAGUAAAUAGAGAAUUUAUUAGGAGAUAUUUUAUUAGCUGUAGGCAGCAUCAGUUAUUUAGGUGCUUUCACUGGAGCUUAUAGAAAAAGAAUUAUUUUUGAAAAGUGGAUUCCUGCAGUACGUGAAUAAAAUAUUGUUUGCAGUUCGAAUUUCUCACUUGUUGAAAGGAUGGGAGACCCUCUAGUGAUUUAAGAUUGGAUUAUACAUGGAUUACCUCUUGAUGAUGUAUCUAAGGAAAAUGCUAUCACUAUGUACAACACUGAGAACUGGCCACUUAUAAUUGAUCCUUAAAGCUAAGCAACAAGAUUUAUAAAAAGAAUUGAAACCAAAACCGAUGAAAAGAAUUUCGUUUCUCUCAAACCUGGAAAAUACAUGGAAAAAACUAUCGAAUAAGCAAUCAUUCAUGGAAAAGCUUUAAUGGUAUUGGGUGUUGGUGAGACUUUAGAUCCUAUUUUUGAUUCUCUUUUAAUAAAAAGUAAUAUUACAGUAUAGGCAGGUAAAAAAAUCAUUUAAAUUGGUGCUUAGCCUAUAGAAUAUAACCCUAAUUUCCGUCUUUAUUUGAUAUGCACUCUACCUAAUCCUCAUUAUACACCUGAAACACUAACUAAGGUAACUUUACUCAAUUUCACUAUCACUCCUGAAGCUAUGAGUGAUUAAAUGCUCUCUAUAUUAGCACGCGAAGAAGAUCCUAAUCUAGAAGAAGAAAAGAUCCGUUUAAUGGAAGAGUCAGCAGAAAAUAAAGUGAAAUCUGCAGAAAUAGAAAAGAAUAUUUUGAAAAUAUUAAAAGAAACUCCAGGUAAUAAAAUGUUAGAGUCUGAAGAACUUAUUGAACAACUUAAAAUUUCUAAAAAGACUUCAGAGGAAAUCUAACAAAGAGUACUUGAAUCUAAAAGUACUGAACAACGUAUUGUUACAAUGAGGUAGUAAUAUUCAAUAGUUGCUUCUAUGGCAUCUGCUAUUUACUUCUCUAUAUUGCAACUUAGCAAUUUAGAUCCUAUGUAUCAAUUUUCACUUGAAUUCUUUGUAAGAGUGUAUAAAAAAUCUAUUAAACUUGCUGAAAAGCCAACACCUAAAAAAAUUGAAGUUAGAGUAAAGAACCUAAUUGACAGUCUUAAAAAAUGUAUUUAUUUUGAAAUGCAAAGAUCUAUUUUUGUCAAGCACAAACUUCUCUUUUCUUUGAUGCUAACAUUAACAUGUAAUUAAGUAUAUAAUCCUUACGAUGCAGAUGAAAUGAAAUUACUACUGAGUGGAUUAUCUAGCAAGAUUAUCCAUAUAUCUCAAUAUCCUAACCCAAAACCUGAGUACUUUUCUGAAAAGAUGUGGGAAUCAAUACUUCAUUUGAAUAAUGUUAAAAAUCACUCUAAUGUUGCUACAGAGAUUAUGCAUAAUGUUGAUAGCUACAUCAAUUACAUAGAUAACAUGGGUACCAUUAAUAUUUCAGAUGCUCCACAAUAUGUUAGAUAGCUUUCUAACUUCUCUCGCUUAGUGCUAACUAGAGUAUUAAGGCCAGACUUAUUUGUUGAAUAAAUUAGAACUUUUAUUUCUUUAGAAAUGGGUUCUCAUUAUGUCAGCAAUUUGAUAAUAACUUUAAAUGACUGUUUUGUUGAAUCUGCUGCCCAUAUUCCUUUAAUUUUUAUUCUUUCACCAGGUGAUGAUCCUUAAGAAGAUUUAAAAAAAUUCGCAUAAGAAAAAACAAAAUAUAUAACCUUUGUCUCUCUUGGUAAAGGUUAAGGAGACUUUGCAGAAACAAAUAUCAGAGAGGCUAUGCAUGCAGGAUAGUGGUGCUUACUUUAAAAUUGCCAUUUAGCAGUUAGUUGGCUCCCACGUUUGGAAGAAAUUGUUGAAGAAAUAUCAUUAAAUUCAAAUAAAAAAGAUAAAGAUAGAACUUUGAGUCCAGAUUUUAGACUAUGGCUAACCUCCAUGUCUUCAGAUUAAUUCCCUAGAAAUUUAUUGUAGGAAGGUAUAAAAAUGACUAAAGAUCCACCAAAGGGAGUUAAAGCUAAUGUGUAAUAGUUAUACUCAAAUUAAAACUCAACAAAAGAAGAAGUAAAAUAUUUCUCAGAAUGUGAAAAGAUGGAUGAAUGGCGUAAAUUAUUUAUGAGUUUAACAUUCUUCCAUUCAAUCAUAAGAGAAAGAAGAAGAUACGGUCCUAUUGGUUGGAAUAUUUACUAUGAUUUUAAUGCAUCUGAUUUCCGUAUUUCAAUGAGGCAGCUAAAAUCCAUGCUAAAUGAUUAUGAAGAUAUACCCUUUAAGGCCUUAAUAUAUUUGACAGGCGAAUGCUAUUAUGGAGGUAAAGUAACUGAUGAUUGGGAUAGAAGAGUACUAAGCUCAAUGCUUAACGAUUUCUACAAUCAAUCUGUUCUCGAUGAAGACUACAGAUUUAGUUCUGUAGAGUCAUAUUAUAUCCCAUUAUAAAUGUCAGAAAUAGAAACUUUAGACAACGCAAUAGAGUUUAUUAAUAAUUUACCAGAUAUAAAUGAUCCUGAGCUUUUUGGAUUGCAUCAAAAUGCUGCUAUAACUUCUGCUAAAUUCGAAGGAACUUUCAUUCUAAAUAGUCUUAUUUCUGUUUAAUCAUCUGCUAGCAAGGCAUAAGGUGAUGAUAUCAACAAGCAAAUCCUAGAAAGAGCUAACGAGCUACUUGACACACUUCCAACUAACUUUAACAUUAACCUAGUUAGUGAAAAAUUUAAAAUAAAUUAUCUUGAAUCAAUGAACACAGUACUAAUUCAAGAAGUCCUACGUUAUAAUAAUCUUUUAAAUAUUAUUCGUGAAAGCUUAAAAGACUUAAUACUAGCACUUUAAGGUUUUAAAGUAAUGACAAAUGUAUUAGAUAAUGUAUCAGAGAGUUUACUAAACAACCUUAUCCCUUAGAGUUGGGCCUAAAAAAGUUAUCCCUCAUUAAAGCCUUUAAUGAGCUAUCAUAAAGACUUAAUAAAGAGAGUCGAAAUGUUCUAAGAUUGGAUAAGAAAUGGAACACCUAAAAUAUUCUGGCUGAGUGGAUUCUUCUUCACAUAAAGUUUCUUCACUGGUAUUAGACAAAACUAUGCUCGUUAAAAAACUAUACCUAUAGAUAUAAUUGAUUUUGAUUUUGAAAUUAUUGAUACCAAAGAAGGAUCAUAAGUUGUUCCUGAUAGAGGUGUAUAUUGCUAAGGAUUAUAUUUGGAAGGUGCCAGAUGGAAUUAUGAAAAACAUCAUUUAGAUGAGUAAGAACCCAAAAUUAUAUACUAUGACAUGCCUAUUAUUUGGUUUAUUCCUACAGUAGAAAAGAAACCAGAAUCAAUGCAUUUUAUGAAUUUCAAAUGUCCCUUAUACAAAACUUCAGAAAGAAAAGGAACAUUAUCCACAACAGGCCACUCUACUAACUUUGUUAUUGCUAUUGAUAUGCCGACUCUUAAAUAAGAAUCUCAUUGGGUAAAGAGAGGUGUUGCACUUCUUUCUUAGCUUAAUGAUUGA